GUAAACAAAGACAAGACACUCCAUGCAAAGAUUCCAUACAGAACGAUUCUAAAUAAUCUGAUCAUGGAGAUUUGGGUCUUAUAUUUAAUACUCUUCGUCCAAGCCGUUCUAUUCAUUCUAUACUUCACUGGUAUGUGGGAUGUAGUGAUGUUUUUCCAAGUCUUGCUUCGUGUCUUUCUUCAUGUCCUUUGGUCCUUUAUCAGCUGCUUUCUUCCAGCCAAGCGCAAAAGUCUUCGAGGUCAACGGGCACUUGUAACGGGGGCAGCUAGCGGGAUUGGUAGACUUACUGCAAUAAAUCUGGCUAAAGAAGGAUGUAAGCUUGUCAUUUGGGAUGUCAAUACCGAUGGCCUAAAAGCUGUCGCUGAAGAAAUCAAAGCUUUAGGAGCUGAAGUCCAUUACUAUGUCUGCGACUUGUGCAAACGAGAAAUGAUCUAUGAGGUUGCUGAUAAAGUAAAGAAAGAAGUGGGGGACAUAGAUAUCUUGAUGAACAAUGCAGGAGUUGUCAGUGGGAAGAAGUUGUUGAUGUGCAGUGAUGAGGAGAUAACUAGGACCUUUGAAGUUAAUGCUCUAGCACAUUACUGGACCAUCAAGAGCUUUCUUCCACACAUGCUGGAGAAGAACCAAGGUCAUAUUGUUUCUACGGCUUCAGUUGCUGGUCAUUUUGGUCUGGUUAGAUGUGUUGAUUACUGUGGGUCGAAGUUUGCAGCAGUUGGACUGAUGGAUGCUUUGCGGCAAGAAGUCUAUGCUAUGGGAAAGACAGGAAUCCAUUUUACAACUAUUUGUCCUUCAUUUAUUUCAACUGGAAUGUUUGAGGGUGUGAAAUUAAAAUACCCAUCUCUACCAGGACUUCAGGUCCUUAGUCCCCAGAGUGUUGCCGAUAGCAUUGUUGAUGCCGUAAAGAGAAACAAGAUAAUGUUGUUAAUACCUUUCUUAGCUAAUGUCAGCCUUUUUGCCAAGGGAAUAUUGCCAACCAAGGCAAGUGAUUUGCUACUUCAUUUCCUUGGAGCCGAUGUUGCUAUGGAUACAUUUGUUGGACGCCAAAAGAAACCUUAAGAAUGCAAAUGACGAAACUUGUGUACACCUAGUUAUCGGCAGAGCAGAAAAACGAUGAGGUCGCUACUUUAAUGAUUUCUUUUUUAAUUUAACCCAGAGUCAUAUGCAAAAACUAUAAGCGCUUCAUUUAUUUCUCUGUUUCUCCAAACUCGUGAUAAAAUCUUGUCGAACUAGAGUAAGCUACUUGGUGAUAUUUGCGUAGCGUAGCGUAGUGGCCCUCAAUACUCUUGGGGAAGGGGACUGGACUGAACUCCCUUUUCCCUCCCCUCCUUUCCAGUCCCCCUCCGAAUCCCAACUCAAACUCUCAACCCAACGAAUAUUGAGGGCGGCUACGCAAGCUAGAUCCUCAAGAACUGGGAAUGAAACUUAUGACCGGAGGCAGGUGGAGAGACUUGAGAAGAGCGUGUUUACAAAAUAUUGGAGCUUUAAAUCGGAAAGUUGUUCUUAUAGCAAAGGCCAAAAAAAAAAUUUUUUUUCUGCUCUGUCGCUUUUAUCAUGUAAUUCCAAAGAUCUGCAAGAAUUCUCAAGACUGGAGAAUAAUUGCCAUAGCUGGAAAGAUUGGAGAAUAAUAAGUCCAAAACUCGCCAAGAUAUGAUUUUUUAAAUAUAUUGUAUGAAAAUUGAAUGAAAAUAUUAGUUGGUAGGCAAAAGAUGCUUUCCAGCAAAGGUAGUUUUCUUAGAAAAUUCACACUUUUCAAAAGUCCUAACUUCGAGAGUUUUGAAUUUAUUUAUUUUAAACUGUUCUUUCCAGCUCUGGUAAUUAAUAUCCGUUAUACUAAUUUCAAAAUACCUAAUAAUUUUAAACUAAAAUUAGAGUUGCAUCCGCCAAGACAAUUUUAAAAGGAGGUGUAUUCUGACUCUAAUUGUAUCAUCACUCUUGUAUCGUAUUAUUCUCAAAUUCUCUUUCCUGUCCAAAUUAAAGAUUAAUUUGGAUCGUUUCCAUUCGCAUUCUUUCGAGGAAAAACUGUGACUUAUGGAAUUAGUCUUGUACAGUUUGGGAUGAUAUAAUCAAUCUGCAAUAGGACUACAUGUCUGUCCAAUUUGGAAAUGAUUGAAUUCAAACAAUUCCUCUGGUUUUUCUCGGAAUUUUUUUCGUCCAACUUUUUCCAAAUUGGACAGCAUGUAGUCCUAUUACCUACACUAAUUUGAAUCAAUCCUAUCUUGUUCCCUGGAUGUCUACAUAAUCUGAUGUUUACGUAGUAUACAUCGUAUAUUACAAUUAUGUCGUAAAUCAAAUAUUAUAUAUCAUGUUUAAAAUAA